AGCGGCGAAGAGGCGGUCUGCGGCGCUGCAGCCACAGCACACCUUCAGAUGGAGAUGAAGUAACAGCGGCGGCACAGCUACAGAAGGACGACAGCGACCGAACCGCGGAUCCCGGACGUGUAUAUAUUUUUUUCCUUCCACCUUCUCGCUGUCCGUUCAGGUUUGGGGAGGAGGACAAAAACAGGUGACUGAGCCACAUCGACCGGCCGGGAGGGUCCACCCGGUGAAAACAUAAAAAAAUAAAAAUUAGCGUUACCAACCUCGCGCACCUUACUACUUCCAACUACAUGCAUUUGGACCUGAACAUCUGAAGCCUCGUCCAACCAAGAUGGAAAAUGCGCACACUAAGUCUGCGAGCGAAGUUUUAGACAACUUCGGCGUGAACGAAAUCACCGGGCUGACCCUGGAGCAGGUCCACGCCAGCCUGCAGAAAUAUGGACCGAACGAGCUCCCAGCCGAAGAAGGGAAAUCCUUGUGGGAGUUGGUGGUGGAGCAGUUUGAGGACCUCCUGGUCAGGAUCCUGCUGCUAGCUGCCUGCGUGUCCUUUGUGUUGGCUUUGUUUGAAGAGGGAGAGGAAACCACCACCGCCUUUGUAGAGCCUCUUGUUAUUCUGCUUAUCCUCAUUGCCAACGCUGUUAUUGGAGUAUGGCAGGAGCGGAACGCAGAGAGCGCCAUCGAGGCUCUGAAGGAAUACGAGCCGGAGAUGGGGAAGGUGUACCGCAUGGAUCGCAAGGCCGUCCAGAGGAUCAAAGCCAGAGACAUCGUCCCCGGAGACAUUGUGGAGGUGGCAGUUGGGGACAAGGUGCCUGCCGACAUCAGAGUGACCUCGAUAAAGUCCACUACUCUGCGAGUGGACCAGUCCAUCCUUACAGGGGAGUCUGUGUCCAUCAUCAAACACUCUGACCCGGUUCCUGACCCCAGAGCUGUGAACCAGGACAAAAAGAACAUGCUGUUUUCUGGCACCAACAUCGCCGCAGGCCGCGCCAUCGGCGUUGUCGUCGCCACCGGCGUCAAUACCGAGAUCGGUAAAAUCCGCAACCAGAUGGCGGCCACGGAGCAGGAGAAGACGCCGCUGCAGCAGAAGCUGGACGAGUUCGGCCAGCAGCUGUCGAAGGUCAUCUCCCUGAUCUGUGUGGCCGUGUGGGUCAUCAACAUCGGCCACUUUGGAGACCCCGUCCACGGCGGCUCCUGGGUCCGGGGGGCGAUUUAUUACUUCAAGAUCGCCGUUGCCUUGGCCGUGGCCGCCAUCCCCGAGGGCCUGCCCGCCGUCAUCACCACUUGCCUGGCCCUGGGCACGCGCCGCAUGGCCAAGAAGAACGCCAUCGUCCGCAGCCUGCCGUCGGUGGAAACCCUGGGAUGCACAUCUGUCAUCUGCUCUGACAAGACAGGGACCCUCACAACCAACCAGAUGUCCGUUUGCAGAAUGUUCGUUACAGACAAGGUGGAGGAUUCAAGCUGCACCCUGCACGAGUUCUCCAUCACUGGUUCUACAUAUGCCCCCGAGGGACAAAUACUUAAAGGGAACCAGCCCGUCCAGUGUGGCGACUACGACGGCCUGGUGGAGCUGGCCACCGUCUGCUCCAUGUGCAACGACUCCUCGCUGGACUACAACGAGAGCAAAGGGGUUUAUGAGAAGGUGGGGGAGGCCACCGAGACGGCCCUCACCACGCUGGUGGAGAAGAUGAACGUCUUUAAGACCAACCUGUUGGGUCUCACCAAGGUGGAGCGCGCCGGCGCCUGCAACUCGGUAAUCAGGCAGCUGAUGAAGAAGGAGUUCACUCUGGAGUUCUCCCGUGACCGCAAGUCCAUGUCCGUCUACUGCACUCCUGUCAAGGCGGGCGCCCAGAGCAAGAUGUUUGUUAAGGGCGCUCCUGAAAGCGUGAUGGAGAGGUGCGACUACCUGCGUGUGGGAACGACAAAGGUCGACAUGACGCCAGCCCUGCGCGAGCAGCUGAUGGUUAAGAUCAGGGAGUGGGGGACGGGUAAGGACACCCUGCGCUGCCUCGCUCUGGCCACCCACGACACGCCGCCGCGCAAAGAGGACAUGGACCUGGAGAACUCCAGCAAGUUCGCAGAAUACGAGAUGGGCCUCACAUUCGUCGGCUGCGUCGGCAUGCUGGACCCGCCCAGGAAGGAGGUGAUCGGCUCGGUGAAGCUGUGCAACGAGGCCGGCAUCCGCGUCAUCAUGAUCACGGGAGACAACAAAGGCACGGCCGUGGCCAUCUGCAGACGCAUCGGCAUCUUCGGCGAGGAGGAGGACGUAAAGGGGAAGGCGUACACGGGCCGCGAGUUCGACGACCUGACGGCCGAGGAGCAGAGAGAGGCGGUGAAACGCGCUCGGUGCUUCGCCCGCGUCGAGCCGGCGCACAAGUCCAAAAUAGUCGGAUACCUGCAGUCAUUCGAUGAGAUCACAGCCAUGACCGGAGACGGCGUGAACGACGCCCCGGCCUUGAAGAAGGCAGAGAUCGGCAUUGCCAUGGGCUCCGGCACGGCAGUGGCCAAGUCUGCGUCUGAGAUGGUGCUGUCCGACGACAACUUCUCCACCAUCGUGGCUGCGGUGGAGGAAGGCCGGGCCAUCUACAACAACAUGAAGCAGUUCAUCCGAUACCUCAUCUCCUCCAACGUGGGAGAAGUCGUGUGCAUCUUCCUGACAGCCAUCCUGGGUCUCCCCGAAGCGCUGAUCCCCGUCCAGCUGCUGUGGGUGAAUCUGGUGACCGACGGGCUUCCUGCCACUGCCCUGGGCUUCAACCCCCCAGACCUGGACAUCAUGGACAAACCGCCCCGUAACCCAAAGGAGCCGCUCAUCUCCGGCUGGCUCUUCUUCAGAUACCUCUCCAUUGGAGGAUAUGUGGGCCUGGGAACAGUGGGCGCAGCCACGUGGUGGUACCUGUUCGAUGAAGAGGGCCCACAGGUGUCUUUCUACCAGCUGCGACACUUCAUGCAGUGCACAGAGGACAACCCGAUGUUCAAGGACAUCGACUGCGAGGUGUUUGAGUCCCGCUACCCCACCACCAUGGCGCUGUCGGUGCUGGUCACUAUCGAAAUGUUCAACGCCCUCAACAGUUUGUCUGAGAACCAGUCCCUGCUCAGGAUGCCUCCCUGGGUCAACAUUUGGCUGCUGGGAGCCAUCAUCCUGUCGCUGUCCCUCCACUUCCUGAUCCUGUACGUCGAGCCCCUGCCGCUGAUCUUCCAGGUGACCCCUUUGCACUGGUCCCAGUGGAUCGUGGUCCUAAAGAUUUCCAUCCCCGUCAUCCUCCUGGACGAAGCACUGAAAUAUAUUUCCAGGAACCAUUUAGAAGCAUAAAUUUUUAUCUCGCCUUCUGUGAAAAGAUGACGAGGAGAAGAAAUAUCGGCGGAGAUGGCAGCAGAACUAAGACCUCUCUCCCUUGUUGCAUUUGCAUAGUUAGACACACAUACACACACACAGAGCUACACUCUUCCUUUUUAUGAGCUAGGAACCUUUUCUCUCCCAGGCCCUCGUUCCCGUCCUCCCCCCUCCUGCAUGUCCAAACACGGCGCCGCUGAAAAACGACCUGAGAGAAACGGAGAGAGGGUUUAUGUUCCGGCUCGGUACGAGUGUUUGUGGGGGGGGCGUGGGUUGUGUGUGUCCGAGUGUGUGUUUGCAGAUGCACGACUUUUUCCUUUUUAGCUGCGAGGAUCAGAAACAACUGCAGAAAUAAAACAAGAAAAGAAAGAGGAUAAAACAGCCUCGGGCUUCUUAACACCAUUUCUGCUCAUUUGCUCUUUUUCACUGUACAAUACAAACAGAGAGGUGCAGAAAUGGACUUGAGGGAGGGAAGGGGGUUUGGGGAGAGGGGGGCUUCAUACUAAUUCAACAGAGUCUGAGAGAGAGGUGGAGGAGAGACUGUACACAUUAAGAGAGAAAAGACGAGGGGAGGCCGGACCUGGAGGCUGAGUGUGCGUGGGAGAGCCACCGCGUUCAUGUCCCGCCGCUGCCGCCGCCCACACAGCUGCAGAAACAUGGUCUCAUCAGAAUGACUCCCAGAUCCACUUCGCCGUUUGUGUUUACACUUCAAGCAAACUCUUCCUAGGGUUCCCCUCUCACUCUCUUUCUUAUGCUCUGUUUGAGGAGGCAGCUUUGAGCCUCAGGUUGGGGUCAACGGUGUGAAUAGCUUUAUGCUGCUUUAGCUGCUUCUAUCGGCUCUCGACUCGAGGAGCUGAGGUCAGCCGACGCGCCGGGCAAAACGGAACGAUCCCCAGCAAAAGCUAAUUUAAAACAAAUACAAAUCCUAGCCUUAAAUCUGCCUAUAUAAAAUCAUCCGCGCACUGUCCGUCUGUCAGUAAACGUCUUCAGCAGCACAGCUACCAAACUGACUCUUCUUACAUUAAAAACGGGAAGAAAUGGAGCAGCAGGAGGGCGAAGGAGCUAAACAUGUUAGCCUUUGCUAUGAUUAGCCUUAGCGUACUUGAAGAUGCACUAAUCAGACUUUUGUGCCGGAUGUUUGACGUCUGGAACACAAACUCAUUGCAGAGCUAACAUUGACAAACUCAUUGCAGAGCUAACGUUUUCAUUAUUUUGUUAGCGGCUAUGGUAGCUAGCUUGUGUGUGUUAUAGAGAAUCUGAACUCUUGACGUCCAAAUUUCUGUAUCUUCCAUGACGGCUACAAGUGGAAAGCAAAACAGAGAAACGUAAAAAAAUAAAAUAAAAAAAAAGCUCUCACCAAAGAGAUAAAACUUUAACGUUUUGCUGUAAGCUUUCUGCUAUGCAGCUAUAUUGAGAUAAAUUAGUCUUAUGUGGAAAAAAAAAUCUAAAUGCUCCCCAUUUUUUUUACGAGUUAAACUGAUUGAAUGUCUCAAUGUUUGCACUAUGUGAAGCGUCCGUGUCUUAUAAAGCCCGCUGCACAUCCAAAAUAACGAUGUGGCCCUGACGAAUGUGCCGCCAUGGAGCUUUUCUCCUCCGGUUGGUGUGACGGAAUGAACGUCCGUUCGCCCCGCGUUCUGCGUCCUCAGCUCCUCUCGCUCUCAGCGCUUUCGCGGUUUACUCGCAGAUUGUUAAAAAAUUAAAAAUAAAUAAAAGACUAAGCAAUGUAUUUGACUGAAUGAACCCACUUGGAGGGGAGAGGUUGGGGGGUCUGAAUGUGUGUUUUUAAGUCUGUCUUUUGCAGGAGUUUGUUUUGGGGAGGGCGCAGAGGGUCUCUGUGGGUGGGGCUGUUUUUCAGGGGAGGGUCUCGUUUCUUUAAGGUAGAGAAGCAAACUAGAGCGUCAGUCGGGUGCUGGUUGAAAAAAGGUCCACACGGUCCCCAGUUUUGAUCACACUGCAACGUCACUCAACCUUACCAAGUAUUUUUGGUCGAGUUUCUCCUGUAAAUAUCUCAAUUUACUUCUAAAUAAGACAAAACUAACUUACAAGUAACUUUUCUACCUGAAUAUAGGAACUUGUUUCAAGUCAUUAAUUAAUAUUAAUGAAAACGUGGCAGCUGUAAGUGAAUUAAUCUGCCAUUUGGCAGGUUUAUUCACUUAUAACUAGUGCUUUUUCAACAAUAUCAAGGUAAUGAGUUCUUAUUUCUUUAUGGAAAUUUACUUGUAAGUUAGUCUUAUCUUAUUUCAAGUGUACUAAGAUAUUUGUACUACAAACUAGAUCAAAAAUACUUCCGUUUCUGUAACAAAUUAAAAAAAGAUGCUCUUUUCUCGGUCACGACUUGGACAUUUUUGGUAAAUUGGACAUUGCGAAGCUCUCUGAUGGGGAUCGACAGCCUGAUGUAACCCUUUCUUGUGUAACUAAACUGACCCGGUUGGACUCGGCGGAGUGUGUGGAUCCUUUUCUUUUUUUCUUUUCGUUGUUGCUUCCGGUCCUGAAUGCCUCUUCUUCCUGGUGGGAUGUUUCGAACUGGAGGGAAUCCCCAUCCUGAGACACCAGUCUGCUGUUCCUCACUGUUUUGUCGCUUGAGAAUGUUUUUUGUUUUUUUUAUUAUCAGCUCCAGGAUGUUCCCAGCUUGUCGUGUUCUCCUGGGAUCACUCUUAAAAACCUAAGGGGAUUGGUUUAAUGCAAGCGAACUGAUUUGAUAAUGAUGCCGCAUUAAAAGGGUAAAGCUAUACUUUAAUUUCUUAGUAAAAGCCACCUUGGUUUACCUCUGGAAUGAUGCGCCCUCUGUCCCUUACCAGCGGACCACAACACACCCACCCAGGUCUCCACACUGCAAAAACUCAAAAUCUUACCAAUUUUUUUUUUGGUUUGUUUCUAGUGCAAAUACCUUA